AAUCGCACUAAAAGCAAAACAAUACUCAAAGGGGGUAAGAAAACACGACCAAAAUAAAAUAAAGUUUGUUGUUAUACGUUGCCGGUUUAUUCCUAUAUGUACCAGACCGCGAGAAAUCGGGAAAAUGAUCGUUUUGAAGCCCAUAUGGGUGAAACAUGAAGAUAAUAAACCGAUAUUUUCCGUGGAUAUACAUCCAAAGGGUGGCCGAUUCGCUACAGGAGGACAAGGGGGACAGGGUGGUCGUAUUGUUAUUUGGAGUAUUGCCCCUGUUUUAUCUGCUGAUGAUGAAUCUGAUUCAAAAACUCCUAAACAAUUAUGCCAAAUGGAUAAUCACUUAGCGUGUGUAAAUGUGGUUCGAUGGAGUUGCCAGGGUCAUUUUCUUGCAUCCGGAGGCGAUGAUAAGUUGGUAAUGAUAUGGAAGUUAACUGGUGAAGGAAGCUCGACAAUAUUCGGCGGAGGCGGGAAAGUUAACAUAGAAACAUGGAAAUGCGUUUUCACAUUAAACGCCCACACUGGAGACGUCCUGGAUUUAGCUUGGGCUUCUCACGACGGAUGGUUAGCUUCCGGUAGUGUGGAUAAUACUAUUAUUAUUUGGAACGCGCAUAAAUUUCCCGAAAAAAUUGCUGUUUUAAAAGGACAUACCGCAAUGGUUAAGGGAGUGACAUGGGAUCCGGUUGGAAAAUAUAUAGCAAGCCAAUCUGAUGACAAAACAUUAAGAGUUUGGAGGACCGCAGAUUGGACUCAACAAGAAAUUGUUUCUGAUGCCUUUGCAGAGUGUUCAGCGACAACCCACGUUUUAAGACUUUCUUGGUCACCUGACGGGCAGUAUUUGGUAUCAGCGCACGCAAUGAAUGGAGGUGGACCAACAGCGCAAAUUAUAGAACGGGAUGGUUGGAAACAAGACAAAGAUUUUGUUGGACAUAGAAAAGCUGUUACCUGUGUGAGAUUUAAUUCAAAUAUAUUAAAAAAAUUUUCUCCUGGAAGUCCAAAACCUCAACAGUAUUGUUGUUGCGCGAUUGGUUCGCGAGAUCGGUCAAUAAGCGUUUGGUUAACCUCUUUAAAACGACCUCUAGUUGUUGUUAAAGACGUUUUUGACGAUAGUGUUUUGGAUAUAUCUUGGAGCAGCAAUGGCUUAUAUUUAUUGGCUUGUUCAUGGGAUGGAAGUGUUGUCUGUAUUAUAUUUACUUCUGAAGAAAUUGGUGUUCCACUUUCAACAGCAGAAAAGAACUCUUUGUAUGAAAGAAUGUAUGGUAAAUCUCUUCAAAGAAAUUUGCUCAAUCAAAGUUUUUCUGGUAGUCAAAUUAUUGAAAAUCCAGAAAUAUUAUGUGCCAUGGAAGAGGUGAAUACUGCUGAAAGAAGAUCACAGGAAGUACCAAUGGAAGAAGAUGAAGCACCGAUAUUUGUAAAUACUCCCAUACAAGAAGAAUUAAACACCAGUAGUGUUUUAGUCCCAGUAAAUCAACAAGUUGAAACUAGAUUACCUAGUGGAAAACGUCGAAUAACACCAAUGUUUUUAAAACCAGCACCGUCCACAGCAGUAGCUUCAAAGGAAACAACUGAAGCUCCUACUAUAAAUGAAACUUCACAGUUCAGUAGUUCAUCGCCUUCUAAAAGUAAGAUUGUUGUUGUUCAAGAAAGUUCAAUGGAAAAACCGAGUCAACCUUUACAAAAAAGUGAAACCGCGAUUGUAAAUAAAGUAAUGUCGUCAUGUCCGCCAGGGAUGCAAAUUAAUCAAUUAUUGUGUUCAGAAGUGCCUGGUGAUCUUCCAAUUGUUAAAUUUAUUGAUCUCAUGGAACCUUUAAAAAUGCCUGCAGGAAAAUCUGUCAUGAAACGAAGUAGUAAAAUGAAGAUACAGGUAACUAAUUCUUGCCAAUCAGUUUCAAAAGGGACCUUAUCUAGACUGGAAGUUUUUAAAAACGAAGAAGAUAAACAGCCAAUUUGGGAAACUUACAUAGGUAAUUAUUCCAUAACAAUUCUCAGGUCGGUAUACUAAAGCAUUUGAAUCAUGAAACACUAAAAUUAUAUUGGUUACGCCAAUGUUGAUUAUUUAGUCUGAUUUAUCCGAAACGUCAAAUAGUGUUUCAUAGACGCCCGCCAUAACCCGGAAAAUUCUACUUUCAGUUUUAUUUGUAAUAAAACCGGGUGUGAAAGCCAACGAACUUAUAUUUUUGACACUGACUCUAUAUAUGUUUCGAUAUUAUUACUUCUUUCGGUGUCAAUUUCAACUUUUAUCUAUAGGGUAAAAUGAGUAGUGUUCAUCAAGUUGUUUCAGUUUCUAACUGGUUGGAAAACGAUAUGGUUUAUAUUUCGUACAAAAAAUGAUCUACUAUUACGCAAUUGAAAUCUUUGUUACUUUUGAUUUUUAUUUAAUAUAACUGUAGCAUAUGAUGAACUUAACAUCCACGUUCUAAAUGUGUUUAUCCAUAAUGUUCAUGACAUUGUUCACAUUUACGCUUGAUAUGAAACUAUUACAGCAAGAACUAUACAAAUUUUUAGAUACUAGAAACUAGAAGGAUCUGGAUGUAUCUAGAAACAUCUUAAAUGUCUAAGAAAUGAAAGUUAUAUUAUAACUUACAGUGUAUUUUAAGUAAAAAAUAAAAUAUAAUAACGUGUUUUCCAUUAA